AUGUCCGUCACGCCGGACCCGCAGAUGGAUGAGGAAGAACAGCUGCUACCACAAAGCUUGGUACCAGGACAAGACUUCCACAAAUGGCAGGGCAAGCGCAGGUUUGCAUGGGCGGCGGCCUUUGGCGGGCUCUCGCUGCUGGCAUGGCGCGCAUUCGGCUGGCAGGGCCAGCCGCCUUCGGAGACCUCAGGCCCGCAGCAGAAGUUUGCUUCAAUGCCAGUCAUCCCACAGACAGCUUCGCAGCACAAUGGCAUCACGUGGCCAGAGAUGACGCUGCCAGGAACCGAGACCAUGACCUUCAUGAUCGUGGGUGACUGGGGCGGACUGGAUGGCUACAUCCAGCCCCCCAACGGCUCGCCCAGGAUGGUCCAGUACAGCGGUGGCGAGCAGCCAGGGCCACACGUCUUCGCGCACCGGCCUGGCGGGUGCACGGAUGGCGAGAUGUCAGUAUGCUUCAACGUCCGUGGUGGCAACGGCUGCUUGCCCACUUGCGGCUAUAAUGAUGAAGCGGAUUUCAAACCAGCAAUCCGUGUGGCAGAUCAAAUGAAGUUGCGCGCUGAGAAAACGAAGCCAAAAUUUGUGCUCAAUGUCGGCGACAACUUCUACUGGGGAGGCAUCCCUUUGGGCUGCGGUGAGGUUCCUUUGGCGGGGAUACACUAUGUCACAGGCCACAUGUUCGACACGAUUUACAACCAAAUCUACAACUCAAGAGAGCUGCUGGACCUCCCGUGGCUGAGUGUGCUGGGGAACCACGACUAUGGGGGGUGGACAUAUGCAUCCGCCUGGGACCAACAGAUUGCCUACACCUGGCAUAGUCCCAGGUGGAGGCUACCUGCGCAGUAUUGGCAUCAGCACGUUGACUUCAGCGACAAGGGCUUUGACAUGGACAUUUUCCUCUUGGAUUCCAACAAUGAGGAUGCAUUGCCGCCGUCCGUGCUGCCUUCGAAGAUGAACUUGUGCAGCUAUGCGCACAAUCCGAAGGGCGCCACUUGCGGCAAGGCUGGCGGCCCCCAGUCGCCGGACGACUGCCCUGGCUACUUUGGGAAACUUUGGCAGGACCAGGUGGAGUGGGUAGAAAAGAAGCUGAAGGAGUCGACUGCCACAUGGCAGCUCAUUGUCACGCACUUCCCAUGCGGUCACCAGGCUCCCUGGUACGAGAAGCUGCACGCAGAGUUUGGCCUGGACCUCCUGGUCACAGGCCACACGCACGUGCAGUCCACAAGUCCGCUCGGAGGCUUGCUUUGCGUCAUCUCAGGGGGUGGCGGUGGCAUCUUGUCAGACGCCCCGUCCGUCGGAGACUUGAGCAACAGCUACGGCUUCUAUGAUGCCAUGGUCAACAGGACACACUUGGUCCUGGAGUCGAUCAACUUCAAAGGCAAUUCUUUAGGCACCUGGGUGGCAUAUGCCUCCUCGGCUGACCGGCCCGCCCGGCAUGAGGUCGUCGGGCAGAAGCCGGAGACGCAGGGGGAGCCCCAGAAACAUCGGAAUCUACCAGAGGCGGAGGAGUAUCCACAAGCACACCAGAAGGACAAGCCGGCAACGCAGCAAAAUGCGAAGCCGGCAAUGCAAGAUGAGAAGCCGGGAUCGAGUCAAGAUGACAAGCCGGCAGUGCAAGAUGAGAAGCCAGCAGCGAAGCAAGAUGACAAGCCGGCAACGAAGCAAAAGGAGACGUUGGCAGUAAAGCAAGAUGACAUCUCGGAAGCCAGGGAAGAACAGCCAGCAAAGGCACCUACAGGGUCCCCGCAGCUGCAAGCAACCCAAGAGACCUGUGGUGUUUGGUGCCAACUUCUGAGAUGA